UUCUUGUUCAAUUCAAAUUUUUACUUUAAAGAAACAUAAAACAUGAAAAAUGAAAUCAUACCUCAAGUCUUGGUUUAUACAAUGAUGAUAUGGACAUCGAUGAUCAUAAUGGGGAACGCAAAGAAAGAUACAGACAUCAGGAUUUGUCAGUCGUCAACAUCAGCUACAAUUCUACUGGUGAAAGGUAACGAGGGAACAUGUUAUCAUUUGGCAAAAGAAAAAGCAAAUUACGAGGAAGCUAUGAGGUUUUGUACUUCACUUGGUGGAAACAUAGCAAACAUCCGAGAUCUCAAAACAUCAAAGUUGAGUCAAAACUUAUAUUGGUCAUACUCAAAACAGCCAACAGCACCGAAAUGCAAUGCCAUGCCAGGAUUCAAAAGUGUGAAUUGCAAGACUAACUUGCCUUAUAUAUGUACAACCAAUGCAGCAUACACUGGUCAGACUUUGAAAACGUUCUGGAGCGCGAAAAUCCAUUGUGUGGAUUCUUAUAAACUCAAUCUGUUAUCACCAAAAACUUUGAAGGACGUAGAAGCAACUGAGAAAUAUAUGAGAGAAAAAUGGGAGAGCUCAAGUAAAACUUUGUCUUGCACUGUAUGGAUUGGAAUUACAUGGAGAAACAAUAUUCUAACUUGGAAUCGUGGCGGUCACAGCAAAACAUUGGCAGACAGGAAAGAUCUUCCAUUCAAAAUUAUACCAGAAACUCCAGUGAAUGCAAAACAAGAUCAGAGAUACCAUGCAAUAAUGAAAUUUGAUGGGUUACAUUUCAUUGUAACUUGGGAACAAAAAGACGCGAGGGCCGAUUAUAUUUGUGGGAAUUUACCAGCAGUGCUGACUCAAAGACCAUUUGGGAUGGAAGGAGAGACAACGAAUUGGGAGACAAGUACCGGUAAUGCAACAGAUUCGACUCCAGAAGUCCGAGAUCAGAGUCCAGAAACCGAAAGACCGCAAUACUGGAACAUUAUACUGCUCCUAGUUGGGAUAAUUACACUGUCCUUGAUUAUACUAACCACAGUCUUUCUACGAAAGUACAAGAAAAGACAUGAAUCCCUCAGUAGCAAUUCAUCUCAAAAUGGGAGUAAUCAAGGUCAUUCUAACCCUACUUUCCAAAUGGAAACACAACAAGAGAACAUAUCAAGUUCCCUAUACAUUAGCAAUGCGGAUAUAGCUUCAAUGCCAAACCGUUCAACUCAGCCGAACAUCCAAAACGAACUACCAAUCUCAAGCAAUAGCCAACAACUCGAAAUGGUGAGGAUAUUUAAUGAAUGGCCUCGCGGAACCGCCCCUUACUUCCCUUUUACCAAUGAUAAGAUGGGAAACAACGCAGAAUCAGAAAAACUCAAUAGGGCAGUUUCAACAGUAUCAGGGCCAUAUGAGACUCCGAUGAAGUUCGAAACACCAAAGGGAUACCUGACUUUUGAAGUGUGUAGUGGAAUGCAAACAUUGGUAAUGAGGGAGUCUUCUGAUCAGUGUGUGAUAAAGAAACAUAAUCUAUAUCUUAAUCAGUCAACUAGCUUUGAACAGAAAAUAAUACAAAGCAAACGUAAAUCAUCGACAUACACUGCAAUGAAUAUGCUGAAUAAAAUAACUCCACAGCGCCACCAUCCCUAUCAUCAGAUUGAAGAAAACGUGCAAGGCAAGAAAAAGAUUAAAUUUUCAAAGUUGAGGUCAAGCAAAAGUUCUUCAUAUAUCAGUAUGAAAGGUCCUGUCACACAGAGACAACCAUCUGAUCCAGCCAAACAUAUCUAUGAACAAAUGAAAAUAAAGCCGCUCAGCAACAGAGCUGCAGCCAUGACAACUGUUGCCACAACAAAAUAAGCUUUGAUAGGAGUUCUAGAAGAACAAAAAAGCGAAACUGAAAACAUUUUUCAGACUGAGAAUGAUAUGCUAGAAAAAAUUACAACUCCAGCUAAAUUGAGCUGUAAAGAAGACCAAGGCAGUGAUGCCAAAAUGAAACACAAUGUCUCUGCUUAGUCUUAUUCAGUGGUUUUAAACCUUCUUGGUGUAGGUGAAACCUAACAAAACAUUGAAGAGGCCUGAGGAACCUCUGUGCAAUAGUAUAUUUGUUUUAUAUUGUCUGAAUUGUAUAAACUAUAAAUAUAUAUAAAAGCAAACCUAAAAAUGGAAAUUUAUCUUUAAAGUGUAGCAAGUUUGAUAAUAUUCACAAACCAUAUAGGUAUUUGAUUAUACUCAAACAAUAUAUAUAUAUGUAGUAAAAUAGACUGUUGGAUUUCGAUAGCUAUAAGAGCCCAGUUUCAUCCUAGAGCAAACAUUGCCUUUCUUGUAGCCAACAAAUUUAUAGCUGUUAUGGAAUAACAGUUAAUAACUUGAUUGUUUCAGACAUGAUUCAAUUUAUGCAUUUAGUUAGACAGUUCUUGCCUUCCAUUACUAACCUUUUUUAUCAUUUAUAUGAGUAUUCAACCUCGAACCUCUUGCAAUUUCUCAAAGGAUUCAAAUCAUACAAGAUAAAUCACAUCUCCUGGCAAAUGUUAUUCAUUUUUUUUUUUAAAAUGAGGUUUUUCUCUAGUAUGCAUCAUCAUGUGCUUUUUUAGACCAAUUGUCCUUGCAAAAUCUUUGCCACACAUACAGGAUAAAUCCGUGGUGAUAUGGAGAACGUCUAGGAGUUAUUAGUGAGUGUUUGCUCCCUAAACCACCGAGUUAAGUCAGGGCCAUUCAAGUCCCAAGAUCGUCGUCAAGACAAUCAAUGAUUUAAGUCUUGCUGGUAGUGAGUUGCGUACUAGUCAGUUAAAUUUACAUGACUCUAAUCCUGACAUGGGUAAACUACGGCCCCUGGCCCAAAUCCGACCCUUUGUUCAAUUCAAUUUGGCCCGCCUGAUGCUGCCACAACCAAACUAAAACAAAUUUUGAUGUUUUUAGCUAAAAAAUAUUUCAAAGAAUUUGUUGAGACUGCGAUUAAAUUUAGUUUUGGCACGAGGCUUAUCGUUUUCUACUUUUUCUUUUGCAACACUGUAAAUAUUGUUGAAAAAAUGUAACUGUUUACGUCACACUUACAUGGCCCGCCAGUCUUAGUGGGUGAAAUUUUUGGCCGUUGGUUUAAAAAUUUUGCCCAACAUUGCUCUAAUCGUAACAAGUUUUUGAUAAAUGAUGAAUCAAGCCAACCCAGCACUGUCGCCAAUACACAACCCUCAAGCCAUUAAAAGGUCCCAUUACUAUUACUCAAAGUAUCACAGUCUGAAGAUGAUUUUACUUGAAUACUCAUUUUAAAGUGAGUUUGCAUGAAUAUACACUGAUUUACAAACGACCAUGGUUAAUAUUGUAUAUAUACAUUUAUGUCUCAAGUUAGAAAAUUAUUUCUUCUGAAUAUAUAAUCCAGAUUACCUCAUUGGUUUGAUUCCUAUUUCAUAUCAGAGGUUACUGAACUUUUUAGGCGGUGCCCCCAUUUUUAGAAUUUGUCAACUCACACCCCACCUCAAUAAUAACUAGCUAACAAUAUGCCGCAAAUAACAGAUGGCAAGGCGAAAUAUGCUUUAUUCAAAAACACAUUGAAACGUAAUUAAUGAAAUAAAUUUAAAUAUCCAAAAUAAGGCAGGCAGGCUCAAAUCUAACGAAUGUUUUUAUUUUAAUUAGCUUUACGACCCCAAAAUGAGGUGGACAAGACAAUAUAUAACAAAUAUUUUUAUUUUAAAUAGCUUCACGCCCGCUCAAAAAAAUGUCUAAAUUUAAUAAAUUCAUUAAGUAGUGUUACCUUUGAUUCAUAACCCACAAAUACCAGAGUUUUGAAUUUGUGUCACUCCAGAUGACUUAAUCAGAGUUAAAACUUAAAGUUCAUCUCACUAUCUAUUUGUAGAAUAGUACUUGUUUGGCAUUUGGAGUUGAUGUUUCAAAAUUUAUUCAACCUAACUAGUAAGUUGCAUUUAUCUUAAUACUUAAAAGUAGAGAUGAAAGAAUUUUGUCUGGUUUAUCUUGGUUAUCUAUGCUAAUUUAUAUGAUCGUAUUCUGAUUUAAAUGUCUUUCAAUAUUGAUUUGUAUUUUAUAUAAAUAAAAAUAGCAGUGCCUCAAUGUGUCAGAAUGUAAUCUGAAAAGAAAGAUACUAUGUAUGAUAUCAAUAUGUAUUUUGGAGAUUUACCGUCACCCAGUUGCCAGAUAAGCUGAUUUUUCAUCUUAAAAAGAAAGAUACUUGGAUUGUCAGGCGAUGACAAAAGGAUGCCACAAGAUUGUGAACCAAGUCCUGUCAUCCAAUGACCUCCCUAACAGGGCUAGGUAGUAUGCGCAUCCCACUGGCUUCCAGCACUUUCUGGACAUGUGGGCUCGAGUGCGCAAGGUUCGUUUAUUAACAAUAUGAGAUAGAAGAUAAGGCUUGAUCAUUGUGAUUGAUUUGUCAACGAACAUGACUUAUUUUGUCAUUUUUUCAAUAUUAUUUUGUUAGAGAAGAUCGCUAUUACAAUCAACAAAAGCAGAGACAAAAGUGGAAAAAUUGAAAAACAAUAAAAGGCUGAAAACUAAAAGGAAGAAGUGGAUGAAAUUUCUUCCGACGGAUAGUGGUUGGAAUCACUAAAAGGAGGGGGGUGAUGGAAUUUCUUCCGAGGGAUAGUGAGGUGGUUGGAAUCAUUAAAAGCCCCCCCCCCCCUUUUUGCAAUAAAAUCAUCUUUCUGUAUCAUACACAGCAAUUUUUCGUAGCUCGAAACGCUUUUUAGACCCUCAAGACUAAUAAAAACAUGCGUAUUCCAGGCGCAAACUCUUUCAAUCUAACUUGGGAAAUAACAUUUUCAGAACCCCCCCUUAACAAUUUCCUGGCUACAUACAUCCCAGCAUGGCCAGACCCACUAAUUUAAAAAUCAUGCCAAUCUUAAAAUCUUAAUAAACGCUUUGCAAUGGAAAUGGAUUGGAAUUACUCGAAUGUACCAGAUCAAAAUGAAUUACAGGUAUAUGCCAUUCCAGUUCUAAAAUAGCUAUUACGCUCAGAAUUUAUUUUUGUUUAUGAAAAGUACCAGAACCGAUGACGAACAUAGGAAUAAGAAAUAGGAAAAGUCACCUGAAGCACACAAUACACAAGUCAUACUCCUUAGAAGAGUCAUAGCUAGUUAGGUUGAGACAGAAAUGUCUCAGAGAGACAAAAGUAUCGAUUUAUAUACAAGCUAUGCUUGGCAAGAUUUAGACUCACACAUCCAUAUACAGAGAUGACACAAUAAAGGGAAAAAAUUCCUAUUCUCAAUACCCAUGAUCUCUGGGAAAAACCAUAUAUAGAACAGAACUGUGAUGAAAUCUUCAACAGUGAAUUAGUACUUGUUGAAAUAGUUCAUGAUUAUAAAAGAGCAAAGUUAGUUACAAGACGUGUAAGACAUCAAAAGAUAUGAAGUUGAACAAAAUUGUGCUAUAUUCAAAGCAGAUACUGUAGAACCACAGCAAAGGCUAGAACAGACGAGCAAAAAUGAAGAAAAAAUUGUCAUUUAUGACUUUUCAGAUAAUAGAAUAGAAUGUUUAGUAUGAAGAGAAAAAGCUGAUAGGAUGAAGUGGUUAUACAAUUUGAGGCGUUUUAUUGGAAUGACUUGGAUUUAUCAACUCGCCAGUGAAAUUUACUAGACUCGAAACUUUGAUGACCCAUGACACUGCACCAUGGUUCAUUUUAAGGUGCGCUUGUGCAGUACCACCAGAACAUUUAUGCAGUAAAAUCUCCAUAUCCUGUCUAAAAAUGAAUCAGCUAAAUAUCAAGUUUCAGCAAUAAACAUGCAAGGAGGAACUAUCACAUUUAAAUGUGUAAUUCGUUUACAUUCUGAUAAUAUAUUAUACUAUCGUAAUAUUUCACAAGUUUGUAAAUCAUUCAGGACUCUGCUGAUUAAGCCUAAAACAUUCAUGUUCACUAGAACAAACAUUUGUAAAAAAUUUUGAGAGGGAACACUGCUCAGCACACAGAAUAUAAGACUUCUGCCAACACUGCCCUAAAGUGAGAUUAACAAUUUUCAAUACGCAGUCACCUUUUCGAACUGAAUUCAGACUGUAUUCUAAAAAUUUUGUUAUUCCUGAUCAAAAACACUCGGAUUGAAAUUAUUGAAUGGUUAAAAAUUUGCGAAAAGAAAAAUAGGAUUCGAACUCUGGUACUCCAAGCCGGUCACCCAUGUGAGUAAUAACCGAGGGCGACAGAGUUUUUCGUUAAAAUUCACGUCAACAAACUCGCUAUGUAUGGGGCCAUAUAUAAGCAAUAUUUUGGUAGGGCGCAAAGUCAAAGUCAGCUCUGCAUAUUUACCUAGCACAAAGCAAUCAAUCAGAUGUAGGUUGCACCUUGGCCCAGCCUAAACUAUUCUAUCAUAAGUGGUUAAAAAACUUUAUUUUUAGCUCUGCGGUUAUUGUUCAAUCCACCCCUUCUAGUUCAAUUCAAAUUUUUACCUCAAAGAAACAUAAAACAUGAAAAAUAAAA